AUGUCAGCUCUGGAGAUUACUUCCGCGACGGCAGGUCAUGAGCUUGAUGACACAAAGAAAGUCAAGGAUGAAGAUAUCCAAGAUGUCGAAAUUGGAGACGUCAGGAAGCCAGAUCUGUACAGUAAGGUCUCGGUGUAUCUGACCAUGGUCUUCUCAGGCCUUGCGCUGGGUUCAGAUGGCUACAAUGCUGCCGUAAUCGGCAAUCUCGAGCUCCUCUUCGCAACCCUCUACCCCGAAGCCCUAACAUCAACAAUGCGAUCUCGUCUCUCCAACGCCUUCCUCAUCGGCAUGAUCGUCGGUAUGAUAGGUUUCGGCGUGGUAGUAGACCAACUCGGUCGCAAAACAGGCGCUGUCAUGACAACACUCAUCCUCCUCCUCGGCAUCGCAAUGAGUGCUGGCGCAAGCGGUCUCACUCCAACAGGCCUAAUGUGGAUGCUCGUCAUCGCUCGUGGAAUAGCUGGUGUGGGAGCAGGAGGAGAAUACCCCGUGUCUGGUGCCGGUGCUAUGGAGGCGUCUGAUGAAGACGGCCAGUUUCGAAAGUCGAGAGGCUUCAUGUUUGCCAUGGUUGCUGAUCUUUCUGCUGGGUUGGGAUAUACUUUCGGUGCGCUUGUUCCGUUACUCUUACUUCUUUGUGUGCAUCAGAGAACGGAUCGAUAUGAAACUGUUUGGAGAGUUGCGCUUGCGCUGGGUGCAGUUCCACCGUUGUCGAUCUUUUGGUUCCGAUUGAGGAUGAGGGUAUCUACAGCGUAUCGAAACUCAGCCCUACGACGACAACGGACGCCGUAUGUCCUGAUCUUGAAGAAAUACUGGAGACGGAUUAUUGGCGCUGCUCUGAGUUGGUUCUUGUAUAACUGGAUAUCUAUCCCCUUCGGCAUCUUUAGCUCUGUCAUCAUUUCAAGAGUCAAUGCGUCGAACUCACUGGUUCAGAAUCUCGGUUGGGGAGCACUUAUUAAUAGUUUCUACCUCCCCGGUCCUUUCAUCGGCGGAUACUUGUCCGAUAAGAUUGGACGGAGAAAGACUAUGGCUUUGGGAUACACUCUUCAGGCCAUCCUUGGAUUUGUGCUUGGUGGUGCGAACGAGCAUAUUCAGAAGGUCUUUCCACUAUUUGUGGUUCUAUAUGGCAUUUUUCUCACAUUGGGUGAGGUUGGUCCUGGAAGUACUGUUGUCAUCGUAGCAACGGAGCCAUUCCCAACUUCGGUCCGAGGCCAUGCUCUGGGCUUUAUUUCCGCGUGGUCAAAGGCUGGAGCCGCCAUCGGUACUCAGGUCUUCACUGCCAUCCUCAGCUCAUACACGGAUACCGUCAAGGGCAACCAAGUAGUUUUCCUCAUAGGAUCAGCCUUUGCAGUUCUAGGUGCCUUAAAUGCCUGGUUCGUUGUACAGGAUGGCGAGAAACAUCUUGAAAAGGAGGAUCAGAUCUGGAAGAAUUAUCUCGAGGAGAAUGGAUGGGAUGCUAGUUGGGGUGAUCAUCAGACACAAGAUCCUGUCGGCACUUUGAAGGAUGAGCUGAAACCAACUUCUUGA